AUGAGGCGGCGACGACUGCGCACUACACGGACGACUGGACCGGCACGACGGACCGUCACCAUCUACGCCAACUCGCACGCCGUGCUGCGCAUCGUCGCGAACAACCUGGGCGUCUUCCUGUCACACUGUCACAUCGAGUUGAGCAUCGAAAUGGGCGGGUCGGCUGCCCUGCUCGAGGCUCCCGAGCAUCUUGUGGGUUACCGGAUCCGACAUGAGCACAUCGACGUCUGUGAGGCGAUGAACAUAUCGACGACGGGCAACGCGCUGUGGUCCGACGCGGCUGGCUUGGUUACGGUAUCGCCUACUGUCUAUACCGGCUCCCAAUACCCUAGUAGUUGA